AUGCGUUUCUCUGUUCCUCCUCGUCCGACUGAGAAGCGUGCCCGCUGCUCCUCCUCGUCCGACUUCGAUUCCGAAAUUGAAACUUGGUUUUUGGGUCAAGAAAGCAAGCGGGAAAAAAGGCAGAGGACCAUAGCUAAGAUUGACGAUAUUGACGUAGAUGGUGAUUUGAAGAAAAAUGGUCGUGGUGGUUAUGGUGGUAAAUUGGGCUUGAAGAAGAAACUAGAAGGUGGUUUGAUGAAGAAAGUGGACGGUGGCUUGGGUUCCAAGAAAAACAAAGUUGAUAACGGGCUGGGUUUGAAAAAGAAAUUUCAAGGUGGUUUGGGUUUGAACAAGGGAGUUGAAGGUGGUGAUCAUGGCCUUCUCUGUACGCCAUCAACUUCUUCUUGUGAGGUUUCUUCAUCCCAAGGUUGCAGUAGUUUCAUGAGUGGCUGUGAAACACCAGUCACAGUUCUACGCCCUCACCUCUGUCGUGCAUCUCCUGUCAAAGCCGCCUCUAAAUCUGAUCACGAGAUCAAUAAUGAUCUGUCUCCGAGAAGGGCGGCUAGGGUUGCAAUGUUGAAGGCUCGAUUUGCCAACACAAUCCUUAAAGCAGAACAUCACCAUGCUCUUUACACUACAACAAUUACCACCGAAGCCAAGAAUGCGAGGCUUGGAGCUGCAGAAGCAGAAAUUAUGAGAGCCAAUGAGUUCAUCAAAAAGCAGCGGCAGAGGGAUAGAGAAGCUGCUCGCCUUGCCCUCGAAGAGAUGGAGAAACAUGUGGUUAUUGAAGAUAACUUCAAAACCAUGAGAGACUUUCAUAUGUUAAUUUCUGGGGCCAAAAUGAUCGAUUUUGGUCGGUUACUGUUAGGUGAAAUUGUGUAUAGUGAUCACUGA